CUCAAAUGUUCAUGUUUGACUUGUUCGGAAUCGCUAUUGGCAUCUUGUUUUAGGCCCAAGAACAAGAAUCAUAUAGGGGUCCAAAAUGAUGGCUACUAUAUAUAUAUAAGCCACUGCGUAAAAUGCUCAACCGGGUUCACGAGGGAAAAGGCAAGGGUGGAGAAAAGAAGCGCGAAAGAAGCACAGAGAAGUGGGUAGAGUUCUUCACGCCGCCGGCUCUUCGUCGACGGUCCAUCUCCGAUCAGCGGACACAACUCAUACAUCCGGAAAGUCGAACUUGAUGUCGCUGUUGAUGCUCCAAAGAGUUUUGCAUCACCGUCCGUCCAGGGACUUGCUUUCUAUAGCAGCAGUCCUCCCACAUCAUUAUAUCUACUGCAGGAAGAGUUUCCACAAGUCAUACCAUUUUCAAGCGGCCACAGCAUCUUAUUCGCACCUACGAGAAUCCAGCGUGCUGAGAGGGAACGUGAACAAGAGAGAAAGAAUGGUGAAGAGUGACAUAAUUGCAAGAGCAGAGGAGUUGGUGAAAUCAGCAAUGGGAGGCAAUGAUGCGUCCCAUGACGCAGCCCAUGCCUUCAGAGUCAGAGAUCUUGCCCUUUCUCUCGCCCGUGAAGAGGGUUUCUCGACUUCACCUGAUUCAAUUCUCACCGUAUGAAAUUUUGUGUUUCAUUUUUUGAUUGGAACUGCAUAAUUUGAUAUAUUUGGGAUUUUGGAUUGUGUGUGGUGAACUAUGAAGGAAGACGAUGUUGAUUGCAUUUGUGUAAACUGUGAAAUCUCGCCAACUGAACAGGGAAAUUCUAACUAUCUUCUGAAAUUGAGGCGUAGUUUCUGCUGUGUUUUGUUGCGGGUUGACUGAAAAUGUUUUUCUUUUCCCAUGUCUAAUUUGUGCUUUUCUGCUUUACCACCUUAGGGAUUUUUUUUAGCUUGCCAUUGCUUUUUAUCCGGUGGACAUUGUGUGUUGUGAAUGGCAUUGUUGGUAAAUGUUUAUUCACUGACACUUUAUUGGUACAUUGUUAAGAUAUUCUGAUAUAGUUUUUGACUGCUCUCGAAAAUAUUUGAUUUUCAAUGGAAGCACCAUCGAAAUAUAAAUUUCGGUUUUCAGAAAUCUUGUGGUGUUGAUAAAGGAAGGUAAAAAAGCUAGCUUCUAUGGUGUUUUGUUUGCUUGAUAUCUGACGAUGAUCAGCAGAGUCUUAAGAUAUCUUGCAUUGAUUUGUGCUGUGUUUCAAAUAUGGCUAAAUAUAACGUACUUGUUGAGAUUCUAUCUUCUUACUCUUCAGGUGGAGUUAGCUGCACUGCUACAUGACAUAGGAUUUGGUCAAGCACACUUCUGUUCUCGUACAUUAUCAUUUCUGCUAUUGGUACACAUGGAUAGCAUUGCUCAUCUUAUCUCUUAUGGAUUUGAUUUAAAAACCCGUUACUAUAUUAUGAGAAACUUCUGUGAUUUGCAAUUGCAUUUGUAUAAUUCUAAUAAUGGCACUCAUUACUACCUUGGUCAAGAUCCAUCAGAAGGGCAGAUUGUUGAGGACUUUCUUGUCAAGGAAGGAGUAAAUGAAACUAUCAGGUCACGAAUAUUGGGCAUCAUAAAGGGAAUGGGUUUCAAAGAAGAGGUUGCAGGAGUUACUGGGAGUACUCAAUAUCCAGAAUUUGGGGUGGUGCAGGAUGCCGACCGUCUUGAUGCGAUUGGUGCCAUAGGAAUUGCCCGUUGCUUCACAUUUGGUGGAAGAAGGAAUAGUAUGUUGUAUGAUCCCAACAUUAAACCCCGACCAGAUUUGUCUAAAGAAAAGUACAUGAGUAAAGAGGAGCAAACAACGGUGAACCAUUUUCAUGAGAAGCUUCUCAAGUUGAAAGAGUUGAUGAAAACCAAGGCUGGUCAGAAGAGGGCGGAAAGGAGGCACAAAUUCAUGGAAGGGUUUCUGGAAGAAUUUUACCAAGAAUGGGAUGGAAGGGCUUGAAAGAUGGGUAAUUGGCUACCUUUCUGUUUACCUCCGUUCAUUAUGCUAUUUCUAAGGUGUUCCAAUUUGUGUCGAUUUGUUUUCACUUUGAAGUUUUGGUGUGUAUACUGAAAUGCAAAAGUAACGAGCAUCGCCAUGCAAGAUUUCAAUUGUUUAUCGACUUCAUUAUUUCACGCGGGAUGUUUAUAUUUUCCUGCAUAAUCCGUUAUUUGGAACCGUAUGACUUGACUUAGUAUAAUUGGUAUGGUUCUCUCUUGGAGAGUUGGAAUAUCGUUCCUCUCAAGAAGUACAAUUAUUAAAUGGAAAAGAGUGACUUGCUUUUGAGCAAAGUUGAAAAGUGUUAUUGCAAGA